GGACAUGACACAUCACAGCCAUGGGGUCCCAUCAUUCUGCCUCUGCUCGCCCUCCUGCCUGCAGGCGAAAGCAAGGAGAUGACAGGGAUGAUGUGUGGGCCGAUCCGGAGCAGGAAGAAGCCAUAGCUCAGUUUCCAUAUGUGGAGUUCACAGGGCGAGAUAGUAUCACCUGCCUCACUUGUCAAGGGACUGGCUACAUUCCGACAGAGCAAGUAAAUGAGCUGGUGGCCUUGAUCCCACACAGCGAUCAGAGAUUGCGACCUCAGAGAACUAAGCAGUAUGUCCUCCUGUCCAUCUUGCUCUGCCUCCUGGCAUCUGGUUUGGUGGUUUUUUUCCUAUUUCCACAUUCAGUCCUUGUGGAUGAUGACGGCAUCAAAGUAGUGAAAGUCUUAUUUAAAAAGGAUGAGUCCCUGGUAGUCCUCGCCAUCACGGCCACCCUGAAAAUCAAGAACUCCAACUUCUACUCCGUGGCAGUGACCAGCCUGUCAACCCAAGUUCAGUACAUGAACACAGUCAUUGGCUCAUAUAGUACAACAAACGUCUCCCUCAUUCCGCCUCGGAGCGAGCAGCUGGUGAAUUUUACAGUGAAAGCGGAGACCGGAGGACCAUAUUCCUAUGUGUACUUCUUCUGCACAUUGCCUGAAAUCCUGGUGCACAACAUAGUGAUCUUCAUGCGAACUUCAGUGAAGAUCUCAUACAUUGGCCACGUGACCCAGAGCUCCUUAGAGACACAUCACUAUGUGGAUUGUGGAGGAAAUUCCACGGCUGCUUAG